AUGCUGCUGCUGGCAGCACUGGUGGCCACAACUGCUUGGUCUUAUGGAUUUUCACAGGAAAUUCCUAUACAGACCCCUGCAUCCAUCACCAUGUCUCAAGGAACUGCACGUUUGCAGUGUCAUUUUAAAGAUGUCUCUGCAAAUUUUGAUAACACUGUCAUACACUGGUAUCAACAGAAGGAGAAGAGAGAACCAGUGAGAAUGCUCUACAUUUCAUCAGGGACAACGAUAGUAGAAAACAGCUUCCAAAGAAACAGAUAUAUGGUUCAAAAUCUUUCUAACCAGAAAAUUUGUAUUCUUAUAAUAAAAAAUAUAGGUCCGGUUGAUGCAGCUACCUACUACUGUGCCUACUGGGACCCCCACUACAGCAGAAACCCAGCAAAAGUGUUUGGCUCCGGUACAAAGCUCAUCGUGUCAGAGAAAGGAAAUUCUAAACCAGAGAACUCUGAAAUCCUGCAGACGAAGCAUAAAGAUCAACUACUGUAUGUUUGUCUUAUUGAGAAUUUCUACCCAGGAGUUAUUCGGGUGCAGUGGGUCGAUGGAGCAGAUAAGGAGAUAACAAAAAAUGUAGUAAAAGGAGACGUCUGGAAAUCUACAAACGAUAAGUACUCAAUCAGCACCUGGUUAACUUUACCAGUGAAUACGACAAACAAGGACUAUGCUUGCAAAUAUGAGCAUGAAAGUCAAGAGAAUUUUAAACUCCCCAUUCAAGAUUCUUCAAAGACUUCUUCUCAGGAAGAGUACUGCAGUACACAUUCUGGAAACAGCACCAUUUUUUACAAAGAUUACUUGAUGCACAGGGCGGCACACCUAGUAUACCUUGUCCUUCUUCUGAAAAGCUCCAUGUACUAUGUCAUCGUACUCUUCUUCAUAUACAGAACAAGGACUCCAGCUAAACUCCCAGGAAAGAAAACAUAA